CACGGUGGGCGGGGCCGGCCCUCGGUCCGGGCAGCGCUCUCCCGGGUGCGGCGGCACGCGCGGAGCGCCGGGUGCGGCCAUGCGGGGCCCGGGCCCGACCCCGAGCCCGAGCCCGAGCCCGAGCCGGAGCCCGAGCGAGACCCCGAGCCCGAGCCCGAGCGCGACCCCCGGCGCGGCGCGGCUACCCCGGCGGAGGCGGCGGGCGCGGGGCGCGCUCUGAGGCCCGGGGGAUGCGCCGCCGCCUCGACCAUGGGCGCCGCCGCCUCCAGGAGGAGGGCGCUGAGGAGCGAGGCCAUGUCCUCGGUGGCGGCCAAAGUGCGGGCAGCUCGAGCAUUUGGAGAGUACCUGUCCCAGAGUCACCCUGAGAGCCGCAACGGCGCAGAUCACCUGCUGGCUGAUGCCUACUCUGGCCACGACGGGUCCCCCGAGAUGCAGCCAGCCCCCCAGAACAAGCGCCGCCUGUCCCUCGUCUCCAACGGCUGCUACGAGGGCAGCCUCUCAGAGGAGCCCGGCAUUAGGAAGCCCGCAGGCGAAGGCCCCCAGCCCCGAGUGUACACCAUCUCCGGGGAGCCUGCCCUGCUGCCCAGCCCUGAGGCGGAGGCCAUUGAGCUGGCCGUGGUGAAGGGGCGGCGGCAGCGGCACACUCACCACCACAGCCAGCCCCUGCGAGCCAGCCCUGGCGGCAGCCGGGAGGACGUCAGCAGGCCUUGCCAGAGCUGGGCGGGCAGCCGCCAGGGCUCCAAGGAAUGUCCCGGAUGUGCCCAGCUGGCUCCUGGCCCCACCCCUCGGGCCUUUGGGCUGGACCAGCCGCCUCUGCCUGAGGCCCCCGGCCGCCGCAAGAAGCUGGAGAGGAUGUACAGUGUUGACCGCGUGUCUGACGACACCCCCAUUCGUACCUGGUUCCCCAAGGAAAAUCUUUUCAGCUUCCAGACGGCAACCACAACUAUGCAAGCCAUCUCGGUGUUCAGGGGCUACGCGGAGAGGAAGCGCCGGAAACGGGAGAAUGAUUCCGCGUCUGUAAUCCAGAGGAACUUCCGCAAACACUUGCGCAUGGUCGGCAGCAGGAGGGUGAAGGCCCAGAGUAAGAUCCCGCGGGGCGGGGGUGGGGGGCGGCAAUGUGCUUGGCCGGUUGGGGCUUUGCGUGCUGCCAGCUGCGCUGAGAACGUCCCCAGGAGGUGUGGGGGGGAGAUCAAGGAGAGGAGGUGGGGGGGAAGUCCAAGGAGAAGAGGUGUGGUGGGGGGAAGACCAAGGACACCACCCACAUGUGCGUGUGUGUGCGUGUGUGUGAGACAGAGAGCGGGGGGCGGGGGAUGGUGGAGGAAUGAACAGCAGGUGCUUGACCACAGCUUCUUACAGGGAGGCCCUGGACACCUCUAUCUGCUCAAGAACAAGGUGGCCACCUUUGCCAAAGUGGAGAAGGAAGAGGACAUGAUCCACUUCUGGAAGCGGCUGAGCCGCCUGAUGAGUAAAGUGAACCCAGAGCCGAACGUCAUCCACAUCAUGGGCUGCUACAUUCUGGGGAACCCCAACGGGGAGAAGCUGUUCCAGAACCUCAGGACCCUCAUGACUCCUUACAGGGUCACCUUCGAGUCCCCCCUGGAGCUCUCAGCCCAAGGGAAGCAGAUGAUCGAGACGUACUUUGACUUCCGCUUGUAUCGCCUGUGGAAGAGCCGCCAGCACUCGAAGCUGCUGGACUUUGAUGAUGUCCUGUGAGGGACAGGCCUCUGCCCAGCCACCUUCAGGCCGCUCCCUCUGCACGGGGACCUGGGGCUGGGCCACCUCUUGCUCCCCGGGACUGUUCGGCUCUGGUCUUGCCUGGAGCCACUUCAGGGCACCUCAGACGUUGCUCAGGUUCCCCCCUGGGGCCCGGUCCUCGCGCACCCAUGGCCACAGAGGCCGCAGUCCCUGGGGGCCGGGAGGAUCCCGCCCCGUGGCCAGUGGAUGCCCAGUGGCCAGGCACCGACCGGCCAUGCCUCGCCUGGAGGCUCGGCUUUGGGAAUCCCCUCCAUGGGGUUCAUAGAAAUAAGUGCAAUUUCUACACCCCCGAAACAAUUCAAAGGGAAGCAGCAUUUCUUGUUAACUAGUUAAGCACUAUGCUGCUCGUGACAGAGCAGGCCCCGCAGCCCGGCAGCCCGUGUGUGUUCAGGACCCUCUCUGCACCCCAUCCCUGCCGUAUUCAUCACCAGCACCAGGGUGGCCCGUCUGUGUGGGGCCGGCGUUGCCGGGCUGCUGAGCCCGGCUCUGUCUACACCGGCUGAGUCUCCAAUUGUCUGUGCUCUCACUCCCCCUCCUCCCGCCACGCCCAUCCCCGCUUACUCAGACCUCACCGCGUCUGGGCAGCAGGAGGGAAUGGUGCACCAUCCCCGAGGAGGCGCCGAGUUGUGCCCGCUCCCAUCCCCCUCCCGAGCCCACCCAGCACUCAUUGCUGCUGUUGAGUUCAGCUUUUACCAGCCUCAAACUGGAGGCUUCAUCCCAGCACAGAGGCCUGGGGCUUGGCAGGGGCCCGGCUGGGGCAGGCCCAGGUUUUGAGAACCUUCCAGCACUGCAGUGGGCCCCUGGACCCGGCUGAGUGGCUGGUGGACUUAGGGGCUCCCGACUCGGCAGGGAAGCUCCCAGCUUUGUCCAGGGCCGGCAGGAUGGGCUCUCAUGUAUAUAGCUGGGGCCAGGGGGCAGGCCCCCCUUGUGCAGAACCAGGGGUCUGAGGGCACCUGGCUGCGUUCCGGCUGAGGGAGGGCUGGGGCAGGGGCCGGGCUCCGAACCAUGUACGAUACCCCUCAUAGUGACCAUUAAACCUGAUCCUCCACCGUG